CUUCCUUCUACCCCCCUCCACUCUUCUCUUUCUUCUUUAUAAUCCUCUGGGACCCUCCAGACCCUUUCCUUCCCUUCCUUUCUUUUCUCAUCACAUCUUUGCUUGAGUGGAAAUCCAUCCCUCAUCAUCCUUUCACAAUGGCCAACUCUCCCCACGGUGGUGUCCUUAAGGACCUUCUUGCCCGCGAUGCUCCCCGCCACGACCAGCUGGCUGCUGAGGCGGAGACUCUCCCUGCCCUCACUCUCACUGAGCGCCAGCUCUGCGAUCUGGAGCUCAUCAUGAACGGUGGUUUCAGUCCUCUGGAGGGCUUCAUGAAUCAGAAGGACUUCGACGGUGUUUGCGAGAACUGCCGUCUUGCCGAUGGCAACGUCUUCUCCAUGCCCAUCACCCUCGACGCCUCCCAGAAGACCAUCGACGAGCUUAAGCUCCAGGCCGGCUCUCGUCUCACCCUGCGCGAUUUCCGUGACGACCGCAACCUGGCCAUCCUGACCAUCGACGACAUCUACCGCGCUGACAAGCAAAAGGAAGCCAAGCUGGUCUUUGGCGGAGACCCGGAACACCCUGCUAUUAAGUACCUGAACAACACUGUCCAGGAGUUCUACAUUGGUGGAAAGAUCGAGGCUGUCAACAAGCUCAACCACUACGACUAUGUCGCUCUUCGCUACACUCCCGCGGAAUUGCGUGUCCACUUUGACAAGCUCGGCUGGUCCCGAGUUGUCGCUUUCCAGACUAGAAACCCCAUGCACAGAGCUCACCGUGAGCUGACCGUCCGUGCCGCUCGCGCCCGUCAGGCCAAUGUCCUGAUCCACCCCGUCGUUGGUCUCACCAAGCCCGGUGACAUUGACCACUUCACCCGUGUCCGUGCCUACCAGGCCCUCCUGCCCCGCUACCCCAACGGAAUGGCUGUCCUGGGUCUCCUGGGUCUGGCUAUGCGUAUGGGUGGUCCUCGUGAGGCCAUCUGGCACGCUAUCAUCCGUAAGAACCACGGUGCCACUCACUUCAUCGUUGGUCGUGACCACGCCGGUCCCGGUAAGAACUCCAAGGGUGAGGAGUUCUACGGUCCUUACGAUGCUCAGCACGCCGUCGAGAAGUACAAGGACGAGCUUGGCAUUGAGGUCGUCGAGUUCCAGCAGGUUACCUACCUGCCCGACACCGACGAGUACCGCCCCAAGGACGAGGUCCCCGCUGGUGUCAAGACCCUCGACAUCUCCGGUACCGAGCUCCGCAAGCGCCUCCGCACCGGUGCUCACAUCCCCGAGUGGUUCUCCUACCCCGAGGUUGUCAAGAUCCUGCGUGAAUCCAACCCUCCUCGUGCUUCCCAGGGUUUCACCAUCUUCCUUACCGGUUACAUGAACUCCGGCAAGGACGCCAUUGCUCGUGCCCUGCAGGUCACCCUGAACCAGCAGGGUGGACGCUCCGUCACUCUGUUGCUUGGUGACACCGUCCGCCACGAGCUCUCCUCCGAGCUGGGCUUCAGCCGUGAGGACCGCCACACCAACAUCCAGCGCAUUGCCUUCGUCGCCGGUGAGCUCACCCGUGCCGGUGCUGCCGUCAUCGCUGCCCCCAUUGCUCCCUACGAGGAGUCCCGCAAGGCUGCCCGUGAGGCCGUCGCUGGCUCCGGUGGCAACUUCUUCCUCGUCCACGUUGCUACUCCCCUGGAGCACUGCGAGAAGACCGACAAGCGUGGCAUCUACGCCAAGGCCCGCCGUGGCGAGAUCAAGGGCUUCACUGGUGUUGAUGAUCCUUAUGAGGCUCCUGCUAACGCCGAUCUCACUGUUGAUGUCUCCAAGCAGAGCGUCCGCAGCAUUGUCCACGAGAUCAUCCUCAUGCUCGAGAGCGAGGGCUACUUUGACCGCAACUAGAUUAGCGUAGGCGCUUGGGAAAAUAUUGGAUUUUAUUUUGCGUGAUACAGGUCGGAUUUCGGAACCCUGGGAGGUUUUAGAGGAUCUAUUGCUCUAUAGAGAGAUUUGGAAAUAAUAUUUGAUUCCCCAAUACAACUUCGGAG